ACCGGCUGCGAGCGGAGCGGCACCGGCACCGGGACGGAGAACAAUAGCGGCGCUGGGAACAAUGGAGCGGCCGCCGCUCCCCGCCUAGCGAUGCGGCCGAGGGCAGCGGUCCCGGCCCGGCGGUAGCGCAGGAACCGCGGCCGGCGCAGGACCCGCGGCCCGGGUUUUCUCCUGACUCCGCCGUGUCCCCCCAGCCCGGCUCCCCCCAUGCCCGCCCGGCCCCGCCAUGGAGCUCAGCACGGGGGGCGCGGUGCCCUGCGGGAAGGACAAGUUCAUCUCCAGGAAUGAGCUGCUCCUGCACCUCAAGACCUACAACAUCUACUACGAGGGGCAGAACCUGCAGCUGCGGCACCGGGAGGAGGAAGGGGAGCUGAUCGUGGAGGGGCUGCUGAACAUCUCGUGGGGGCUGCGCCGCCCCAUCCGCCUGCAGAUGCAGGACGACAACCAGCGCAUCCGCCCGCCGCCCUCCUCCUCCUCCUGGCACUCGGGCUGCAACCUGGGCGCCCACGGGUCCGUGCUGAAGCCCAGCACCCUGCCGGACAUCCAGGUGACAGAUGUGGACACGGCCACCGGCACGGAGAAUCCCGGGAAUGGCACAGCCCCCAGGGCGGCAGAGGAGGCCCCGCAGCUGAUGAGGACCCGCAGCGACGUCGGCGUCCGGCCCCGCGGCAGCGCCCGCACGGCCGGCGAGCAGCGGCGGCUGCGGCGGCACCGCUUCUCCAUCAACGGGCACUUCUACAACCACAAGACCUCGGUGUUCACGCCCGCCUACGGCUCCGUCACCAACGUGCGCAUCAACAGCACCAUGACCACGCCCCAGGUGCUCAAACUGCUGCUCAACAAGUUCAAGAUCGAGAACUCAGCAGAGGAGUUUGCUCUGUACAUGGUGCACACGAGCGGAGAGAAGCAGCGGCUGUGCGGCAGCGAUUUCCCGCUGCUGGCCCGCGUGCUGCAGGGCCCCUGCGAGCAGGUGUCCAAGGUGUUCCUCAUGGAGAAGGACCAGGUGGAGGAGGUCACCUACGACGUCGCCCAGUACAUCAAAUUCGAGAUGCCCAUCCUCAGGAGCUUCAUCCAGAAGCUGGAGGAGGAGGAGGACCGGGAAGUGAAGAAGCUGAAGCACAAGUACUCCAUCCUGCGGCUGAUGAUCGAGCAGAGGCUGGAGGAGAUCUGCGAGGGCCCCACGGCCAUGUGAGCAUCCCCGGGAUGUGCUGCACCGAACCCCAGCCCCAAAACGCUCCUGGACGGCCCCAAACCCGAGGCAAACCCCCCUCCCAAAAACUCCAUCCCUCAAAAUCCUCGGGGGGCUCCUCCCAGGAAGGCUCUGGCUGGGGCAGCUCCAGCCAGAGCCUCAAAUCCAGGGAAAAAAGGCAAAAUAAAUAAAUAGAAAAAAGAGGAAUUCUGUGAGCAGCGCCAAGGUGGGGCUGCCAGAAUUGCAGGGCUGGGAUUUUGGUGGGGCUCAGGCUGGAAAUUCCCAAUUCUGGAAAAUACAGGGGAAAAUAAACAAAACAAAGAGGAGAAUUCCAGAGCUGGGAUUUUGGGGGGCUCGGGUUGGAAAUUCCCAACUCUGGAAAACACAGGGGAAAAAAAAAUUUUAAAAAAAAGAGAAAAAGGAGGAAAUCUGUGAGCAGCACCAAGGUGGGGCUGCCAGAAUUCCAGAGCUGGAAUUUUGGGGGGCUCAGGUUGAAAAUGCCCAUUGUGGCUCCCCGUGAGGGUCCUGCUGCUCGGCAGCAACAGAGCACAAAAAAUUUCCUCUUUUUUUUUUUAAUGAGAAAAGCACAUUCCUGCCCUAUCACCGCAAUAAUUCCCAGGUGUGGGGAGGAUUUAUCAAUCCCAAGGGUUGGCUGAGGUUUUGGGGGGGUUUAGCCCUGACCUGGGGGCUCGUGGGUGCGUUUCCAGCCCGGGAGAAAAUCCCAUUUUUCCCCCAAAGCUGCAGCCACGGCGUGGCCCCUCUGCCCCCCCCCCCCUGUAAUUUGCACUAAUAUUUCAGGAUUUUGCAGAAAACCACGAUGUCAAACCUCUCUGGUAGCUGAAAAUGCCAAAAACCACAAAAGCGAAUGGCUGAGGGCCUCGAGCACCUCGAGGGGUCUGGGUGGGGAAAGGGGGAGAGGCAGGAGGAGGCAGAAAUAAAGAGGAUUUUGUUUUCCAAAUCCAUUUUCUAGCCAGGAAACGAUCCUGGUGAAACCAGGAAAAACCUCUUUCCUCCCCGGCUAAACCAGCAAUACCCAUUUUAUACCUCGAUGUGAAUUAACUUUUCCCCCACUUCCCUUUGAGUUUUUGCAAUGCAUCUUUGUAAUUUUUUUCUUUUUUUUUUUUUUUUUUUUUAAUUUUUAAUGUUUAAAUUUUAAUUUUAAUUUUAAUGGUACCUUUUCCGCCUCUAACUCACGUUGGGGAAAGUGUUUGUACAGCGAGAGGAGCUUUGGAUGUGUUUGAAGGAUGAUUGUGGCACUGCUGCGUGGAUUAACAAGGAAAUAAAAUAAAAUAAAUUAAAUAAAAUAAAAUAUGUAGCAACUUCAUGCAGAAUGAAA